GAGCGGCUCGCGCUUGAUACUGAAGGAAGCGGCGCACAGAAACAACAAGUAGAAGUUUCUUUGAGACUUUAAUUGUCGGAUUUUUGCCCCGAUUUUCGGCAACAAAAGCCGGAUACUGGUUCUUUCAGCAGACGGUGAGAAGGAGAACCCUGAAAAGACGACCAGGAUGAAAUACAUUAUAGGAAUUGGCGGAGUAACUAAUGGUGGUAAAACCACCCUGACAGACAAGUUGAUUAAGACUCUGCCCAACUGCUGCGUCGUGCACCAAGACGACUUUUUCAAGAAACCCGAUCAGAUAGAAGUCGGGGAGGACGGCUUUAGACAAUGGGAUGUGAUCACAGCUUUGGACAUGGAGGCCAUGACCAACACGGUAAGAGGCUGGAUGGAGAACCCCGUGAAGUUCGCCAGAUCCCACGGCGUCCCCCUGUCUUCUGCCUCCGACGUCUCAAACCCAGAUGAGCAGAUCCACAUCCUGAUUGUGGAGGGCUUCCUGCUCUACAACUACGCGCCUCUGCGGGACGUUUUUGACAAAUGUUAUUACAUCACCAUCCCCUAUGAAGAGUGCAAAAGAAGGAGAAGUAUGAGGCAGUACACCGUCCCUGACCCUCCUGGCCUGUUCGACGGCCAUGUGUGGCCCAUGUACCUGAAACACAGGAAACAGAUGGAGGACAGCAGUUUGAAUAUUGAGAACCUUGAUGGUUUGAAAUCCAAAGAGGAGAUCUACAACCAGGUGUAUGAGGACAUUCAGAACAACCUGCUCAAUCGUUUAUAGCAGGAAGACUCCUCCUCCUCAUACCUGUACAGAACCUGUAAAUACUACCGAGGAUCCAUUUUUUUAUAUGAACUUUUUCUAAUUUUAUUCUUGUUUUUGUAAAUAGUGUGAUGUCAUGUUAACUUAAUCAUUGUCUUUUUAUCAUCAAUGUUUUGUUCUUCCACUGUUAAAAUGAUCAUUACUGGGUUAUUAUUCUGUUAAACUGCUGAUUGUAUCGGACCAUUUGCCUGUUGAUCGUAUUCUCCUGCAAAUAAAUGCAUUAGUUGCUGUUAAAACACAGUAAAGCAAACAUGUUGUGUUGUUUUUGUCAUGAAGACGUAGAGUAUAUCUGCAGCUGAUGUGACCCAAACGUUUACUGUUUUCUCAGUUACUGAGUUACGUGGAACCUUUAUCUUCUAAUAUUGAAUGUUCCCUUCUAUCUUAAGUAUUGGACUAACUUCACAAGACGUUUAUUGAUUAAAUGAAGUGACAUUAAAAACUG